AUGAAGCUUUUUCUAGUACUACUAUUUCAAAGUCUUUUUAUCUCGUGCUACUACUACACAGAUGGAUGGAGGGGCAACAGGUACCACUCAUACACCAGUUCCAUCCCUUCCUACCACGCAGUGCACAGGUAUACCCAGUCUCGCAUUAUCCAUCCGUACGGGAGCUACUACAACCAUCCAUACAGCACGCCGUAUGGCACUGCAUACAACACAGGGUAUGACUACUACAACGGAGAGUAUGCAGCGCCCUAUCCAUACCCCAACUACCUGGCAUAA